AUGUGGCGUAACUUGGCGUACGGAUCCCAGCAAGUGGCCGACGCCGUGCCUGCUGUGGCCCCUACUAAGUCAGUAAAAGAGACGGUAAUCUCUCAAGUGGACGCAUCCCUUGUACCCAAGAAUGACGGUGCCAAGGUCUACAAGAUUCUGGAGUAUCUGCGCAAAGUUCCCAUGCACAAAGCCGUAUCCGUGGUCGAUGUCUUUAAGCACACGGGUGUCGACCUUUCUAUGGACGAUCAGGUGGAGCAGCGGCUUAAGAACAACCCAAAAGUCCGUCUCCAAGGAGACCAGUACGCGUACCAGGCUAAAUAUGAUAUCAAAGAUCGGAUGCAGCUGCUGAAAAUUCUUGAUCGAAUUCCCGAGGGGAUGCCUAUUGAAGACUUGAUCGAUUGUUAUGUUGGCGUAGAAGAAGAUUUGAAAGAGUUGACGCGUACAGGAGAGACCAUUUGCGUGAAGAACGCUGACAAAGGCGCAGAAGUGUACUACUCGCGUGGACAAACGUUCCUUGUGGACCUUUCUGGAGUCGUUACGGUCGAAGCUGGUAGUUAUUUGACCCACUCCAGUCAAGACACCACGGAAGAAAUUCGUCGUGGCGAUGCGUUUCGUGUUGGUGAUAAUUGGUUUCGCGUGUCUGCAGCAGUCAGGAGCUCGAGCACCACCCGCCCAGCCCCAUUUGCAGGAAUGGUCACCAAAAGCGUUUCAUCCACGCGGGAUCUCAAUAUCUCGAAGAAGAUCAAGUAUAUGUUCAAGUUUGAUAAGGACCAUCUUCCUUUGGAUGUCCCAUUCCCCGAUGCAAAGAGGCGGAAUGUAGCCAGCAGUGAUCGCUGGGACCUUUUGCCUAAACGAGGUCCCAAAUUUCAAAUGGUGAAACAUGGUGCCACAAACGACAUCCGCCAGUUAUGGCGUGAUACUCUGCGAUCGUGGCCAUCAGAUCGUGCCGAGUUCGAAAAGAAGCUGGUUCAAGCUGGGCUAACAACGCAGUCAAAGGUUGAUGCUAACCGCCGUCAAAUGAAGCGUCGUCUGAAGGAGGAUAAGAAGAAGAAUCGGCCUCGAAAGCAGCGAGACAUCAAAAUCACGAACCACCAUCUUAUUGGCACGAAACUUGGCGAGAUUUUGUCAAAGGGUAGCCAAGAUCAGUUUAGUCUUGGUGCUGCUAGGUUUGACAAGACGUAG